UCGGGGACUCUUUAGAGCAGAUAGGGCGGUGCUUCCGGGCAGAGCAGCGUCCGGGCAGAGCGGCGUCCGGGCAGAGCGGCGUCCGGGCACAGCGGCGUCCGGGCACAGCGUCUUCGGGCAGGACGGGAUACUGAAUAAUAUAAUACAUUUAAGAAAAAAUGGAUGAAGAACCUGAAAGAACUAAGCGAUGGGAAGGAGGCUAUGAAAGAACAUGGGAGAUUCUUAAAGAAGAUGAAUCAGGAUCACUUAAAGCUACAAUAGAAGACAUUCUCUUCAAAGCAAAGAGAAAAAGAGUAUUUGAGCACCAUGGACAAGUUCGACUUGGAAUGAUGCGCCAUCUUUAUGUGGUAAUAGAUGGAUCAAGAACAAUGGAAGACCAAGAUUUAAAGCCGAAUAGACUUACAUGUACUUUAAAGUUGUUGGAGUACUUCAUAGAGGAAUAUUUUGAUCAAAAUCCUAUUAGUCAGAUUGGAAUAAUUGUAACAAAGAGUAAAAGAGCUGAAAAACUGACAGAACUAUCAGGAAACCCUAGGAAACACAUAACAUCUUUGAAGAAAGCUAUAGAUAUGGCCUGCCAUGGAGAGCCAUCUCUUUAUAACUCUUUAAGCAUGGCUUUGCAAACUCUGAAACACAUGCCUGGACAUACAAGUAGAGAAGUACUAAUCAUCUUCAGCAGCCUCACAACUUGCGAUCCAUCUAAUAUCUAUGAUCUAAUCAAGACACUAAAGGCAGCUAAAAUUAGAGUGUCUGUUAUUGGAUUGUCUGCAGAGGUUCGGGUUUGCACUGUACUUGCUCGUGAAACUGGUGGCACAUACCAUGUUAUUUUAGAUGAAAGCCAUUACAAAGAAUUGCUAACACAUCAUGUUAGUCCUCCUCCUGCUAGCUCAAGUUCUGAAUGCUCACUUAUUCGAAUGGGAUUUCCUCAGCAUACCAUUGCUUCUCUGUCUGAUCAAGAUGCAAAACCCUCUUUCAGCAUGGCGCAUUUAGAUAGCAAUACUGAGCCAGGACUUACAUUAGGAGGCUAUUUUUGUCCACAGUGUCGAGCAAAGUACUGUGAGCUUCCUGUUGAAUGUAAAAUCUGUGGUCUUACUUUGGUUUCUGCUCCCCAUUUGGCACGAUCUUACCAUCAUUUGUUUCCUUUGGAUGCUUUUCAAGAAAUUUCCAACGAAGAACAUAAUGGAGAAAGAUAUUGUUAUGGAUGUCAGGGGGAAUUGAAAGACCAACAUGUCUAUGUUUGCCCUGUGUGCCAAAAUGUUUUCUGUGUGGACUGUGAUGUUUUUGUUCAUGACUCUCUCCACUGUUGUCCUGGCUGUAUUCAUAAUAUUCCUACUCCUUCAGGUAUUUGAUUCCAGCAUAUAGUACACAUUGUAUGUGUUAAAAACAAAGUUGCAACUGUAAAUAAAAUGAUUUUUUAGAAGAAGCUCCAGUUAAAACAUGAAAAAUAGUUCAAAAGGAACAUCUGAUUGAAGAACUUUUUGCUAAGAAAAUGUAGUAUUUUAUUGAAUUUUAAAAUCUGUAUCCUGUCACAGAAAUACCUGGAAUUCAAUAGUCCUUCUGUCAUAUAAUUUUGUUUUCUUUUAUUUUGCAUUAUAAUGUUUUCAGAGUUGUAAUGCUUUAUUGUAUUUGUUACUUAUAAUGAUUAAAUUAAUGUGAUAAUUUCAUUUUUUAUAAUUAAA